CUUACAUCAUGCAUGGCUGGUCGUCCGUCCCGGAACCUGACAUACACAAGAUGGCGGGGGAUCUCCGUUCACUGUGUAUCUAUCUGUCUCUGUUAUGUUACGUGUAUACAUCCGAGCCGGCCAUUCCUCAAGUUGCCAUGGAUGAGAGAUGUGGAAGGAGGUUUGACGUGGAGGAACCGUUUGUGUUAACACUGACGGAAAAACUGUACUACCAACCGCACAUGGACUGUGACCUGACUCUCCAAGCCAGGCCAGGACAUCGCAUCAUGCUACGUUUCAUAUAUCUACAGAUUCACACAAAUAAAAUGAUGGAACAGUGUGAAGAUUUUGUGGUUAUAAAUUACGGACAAAAAGACCUUUUUUUCACGUGAGUACAUCUGUCAAACAUAAAACAAUUGACUUUGAUAUUGUUUUGCCCGUGUUUCCAAUCACCUUCAAGGUAAGUGAAGACACAAUUCUGCAGGAAUUCAACUGCACUUACUAUGGCGCGAGUGAGUGAGUGAGUGUGUGGGUGGGUCGGUAAGUGA